UUCUACCAUUAUUGUUCUGUAGAAGUAUAAUACCUACUUUAGUAUUAGUUUACCGGUUAGUCCAACCAAUUUAGUUUUUGUGUUCCUCACUUAAUCUAGUUGUAAUACUUAUUAUAUUUGUAAAGGUUAUAUGAUAUCUACUUAUAAAAUCAUGACAUUCUUGAAAUGGGCCAUAUUACCGUUAACGAUUUUCACAAUUUUCGUGGUGAUGUACAGCCAAGCAUCGGAGAACCAACAGAAGAAAGGACCUAAGGUCACUGACAUCGUGUGGUUCGACAUCAAAGUUGGAGCAAAUGAACCUCAACGAGUGGAAAUCGGAGUGUUUGGCGCAACUGUACCCAAGACGGCACAGAAUUUUAUUGAGCUAUCGAAAAAACCAGUUGGCGAAGGUUACAAGGGCAGUAAAUUUCACAGAGUUAUCAAAGACUUCAUGAUCCAAGGUGGUGAUUUUACAAAAGGUGACGGUACUGGUGGCCGUAGCAUCUUUGGAGAAAAGUUUGCUGAUGAAAACUUUAAGCUGAAGCAUUAUGGUGCUGGUUGGCUAUCUAUGGCCAAUGCCGGAAAAGACACAAAUGGAUCUCAAUUUUUCAUUACCACUAAACAAACAGCCUGGUUGGACGGUCGCCAUGUUGUAUUUGGAAAAAUUAUCAAAGGAAUGAAAACAAUUAGAGAAGCAGAAUCAGUAGAAACCGAUUCCAGAGACAAACCAGUUGAUGGUAUUGAAAUUGUCGAUAGUGGACACAUCCCCGUUCUAGAGCCAUACCCAGUUGCCAAAACUGAUGCUAUCGAAUAAUUCAUUAACUACUUUUACUAAUUUAUAUUUUUUUAAUACAACAUAAUAUUGUUAAAAUAAUAUUUCAAUAGCCAUAUCAAUGGAUAAU